UGUAGCGUUAGCUGCGUGCGUGUGUUGAAUUAGCUGGAAGACGGUAGCCAUUGUAGUCGUAGCACAGCUAAAUAUUUAAUUUGCAACUAAGCAACAAUGUCUUCGGUUGAGUAUCUGAGAGAAUUUGUUAACGAGCGACUAACUGCUGCUGAUAAAGAAAUAUUAGGAGUUUUUAGAAAAACUCUGGUCCAGUACGAGGAAGAGAUCGAUCGUCAGCGCAGACUGCUGGAUAUCGCUUGGAAACCUGAACAGUUACACAGAAAAAAACGAAAACGAAAGCUCCCACAGCAACAUGUCUGUAAGGAAGAGGAGGUUCUCGCUGACCAGCAGCUCUGUGUUCAGGAGAGGAACUCCAGUCUGGACCAGGAGGACCCAGAGCCUCCACAGAUUAAAGAGGAACAGGAGGAACUCUGCAGCAGUCAGGAGGGAGAGCAGCUCGUACUGAAGCAGGAGACUGAUGUCUUUAUGUGGAUUCCUGCUUAUGAGGAAAGUGACGACAGUGAGCCAGAACCAAACAGAGACCACCAGCUCCUCUCUCACAGCUCUCAUGUAGCUGAGAGACAAGAUCAGAAACCAGAACCAAAGAAAAGACAUCACAAAAACAGAAGUCACAGUAACAAUGUAUACAACUCUAUCAGGUCAGAGAUUCACCAAAAUCGUCACACAGGUGAAAAUUCUUUAAAUUGUGAUACAUGUGGAAGAGCUUUUAAGUUUAAGUCAGAAUUGCAGAGACAUAUGAGAACCCACACAGGUGAGAAGCCGUAUUCAUGCACAACAUGUGGGAAAGAUUUUAGAUAUGGCUCUGCCCUCAAAGUCCACUUGAGAACCCACACAGGUGAGAACCCAUAUUCAUGCAAAACAUGUGGGAAAGAUUUCAGAGCUAGCAUUGUCCUGAAACGUCACAUGAGAACACACACAGAUGAGAAGCCUUACCUUUGCAAGACCUGCGGUACAAGAUUCCGUCAAUUAUCAACCUUGUCAAAUCAUAUGAGAAUCCACACAGGUGAGAUGCCAUAUUCUUGCGAGACAUGUGGGGAAAAAUUCAGAGUUAACUCUCACUUGAAACGUCACAUCACGACCCACACAAAGGAGAGGCCUUACCUUUGCAAGACAUGCGGAAGAUCAUCCUAUAACAUGUCAGAAUUGAAAAGGCAUAUGAGAAUCCACACAGGUGAGAAGCCAUAUUCUUGCGAGACAUGUGGCAAAGAUUUCAGAGUUAGUAGUGACUUGAUAAUUCACAUGAGAAGAGCCCACACAGGUGAGAAGCCUUACCUUUGCAACACCUGUGGAAAAACAUUCUAUGUCAUGUCGUCCUUGAAAAGGCAUAUGAGAAUGCACACAGGUGAGAAGCCUUACCUUUGCAAGACCUGUGGAAAAACGUCUUGUGACAUAUCGUCAUUGAAAAGGCAUAUGAGAAUUCACACAGGUGAGAAGCCGUAUACUUGCACAACAUGUGGGAAAGCUUUCAGACAAAGUGGUCAGUUGACAGUCCACAUGAAAAGAGUCCACAGUGGUGAGAAGAAGUGAAAAAUAGCAUUGGUAUCCAACUGUCCCUCCUCCAUUUAGUCUCUUUGGACUGAUUACAUAUGUUGCUAUAUAUGUUCAUAAAUUAUGUUAUAUAUUAUACUAUACUUAUCAUCUUUUGUAAUAUCUGGUCUUUAAGAACAUUGUCUGGUACCAGAAAUUAAGAGCAUGUGGUUGUUGUUUGCAGGAAAUAUACAGUAUCUCAGAAAAAGGACAUGAUGUUGAACUGUUGAAUUGUGUCUAGCAAUAAUUUUGAUCCAAAAGUAUGUUUUCACCUACUGAAUGAAAUACACUUUUACAAUAGCUACAUCUCUGUAGCUGUAUGUAUACAAUUUCCUAUUGACAAGAGGUCACGAUAUAUUAGUAUAAAGAAGUUUAUAAUGAAAGGAGUUUGUUCCAAACUGACUGUUUUUCUUUAAAUACAUUCUUACUAAUAUUUUUUACAACUUUUACUCGUUACCUCACUCAUUAGCGGAUUGUAAUCUAUCUGAUGUUGAAGUAGGGCUGGGCAAUAUGGCCCAAAAUGUUAUCUGUAUAAAAAAAUUAAUAUCAUUCGAUAUUGAUAAUUAUCACGAUAAAUGUCAAAUCAUUAUUUCUUUAAAGUUUAAAGGCUGAAUUUUGCUCCUGAGUGAGUGUUGAAGAAACCUGACUGUAAAUAGUCAGAACAUGAAAAACACUUGCCAAUCACUUAACAAAUUUGAGGAACAACAUUCAAAACAAUUAUGACAUUUUUUUUUCAACAAAUAACAUGAGUAAAAUUAAGUGAAAGUCUCUUUUCCUCAACAAAAUAAAUAUAUUCAUAGAAAAAUUAAGUGCUAAAUUGUUCUUAAUUCAAUUAAGUCAAACAUUUAUUGAAUGUUUAUUGGACAUUUGUUAUAUUAUUAUUGAACAAUAUUAUAUUGUGAUAAUUAUCAUUAUUUUGUUGCCCAGCCCUAUGUUGAAGCUGAGAAACACUCAUCUAGUUUUUUUCUUUUUUGUCAGCAGCAUGUCAUUUAAUUUUAUUUUUUGGUGUACUUUGUAGUUUUAUCAACUUGAUGUAAUUGUUGUUUAGGGUUUUAGAGGUGACACACAAACACAAAUUGGAGAUGCUGACUACACAGUUCUGUUAACAAAAAUAUAUUUUUAAAUUUUCAGUUAUUUAGACUGAUAUUCCCAAUUUGACGUGUUGGAGGUUUAUGUAAACUACAAGCAAUAAAAACUCAAGUGCUGGUAGUGCAUACUAUAAUUAGUGCCUAAAGGAACGUCUGCAAUGAAAUGCCGUGGUUAAAGAUAUUUUUAGAGUGUCAAGUUACAACAUGCAAGAGGUAUUUUAAUGUUGCAACUCACCAGCUGGAAGUUUACAUUUAAGUAUGAUUUGAAGCAACAUUUAUUAGUGAAGAUAUUGCAUUUAGAGAGGUGAGUUUAGAAAAUGAGCAAGGAUAUGUAACAGUAGAGAUAUGGACAAGUGAGGGAAAACUUUUCAAUCCUUAAAGGAAACUAGAUUUGAGUAUGUUUACACAAAUUAAGGAGCUGAAUGUUCAUAUGGCAAUAAGGAAAAAGGACAGAUGUAAAUGGGGCUCAAUAGACUUAAAUUAAGAUAUGGACGAGAUUGUAUGUCACAUUUUAAUCAGCAAUCUGUAGUUGUCAAGUAAAUGUAGUAGCCUAAAAAGGACAAUAUUUGCCUCUGAAAUGUAGUGAAGUACAAGUAUAUGUAACAGUAUAUGUACAAUAAAAUGAAAAUAAAGAACAAAUCCAUCAAAACCUGAUUCAUUUUAUUGUAAGUGUUCAAGAUUUCUAAUUUGUGUGGAGUUUACAUGCAGUCUUAGCCAUAUGAGGACAGUCAAUGUUGUACAAUAUUGAAGUAAAUGUUGUUACAUUCCACCACUGAAUAUACUUGUUUAAUAUGACACACUUCCACUGAUCAAACUAUAAAAUAAUAUGAAAUCAAACUUUAACUUAAACUCAUUGAACAGAACUAUUCUUUACUAUGACUACAGCAAUUAAGUGCAGACAUUUCUUUUGGCACUAAUCAUAGUAUACAGUAUUAUCACGUGGGUUUAAAGUUGGGAAAAUUGGUCUGAAUAACUCGCAUGUUUAAAAAUGAUUCUUAAUUGACAGCAUCAUGUAGUACAUCAUCUACAAUUUGUAAGUGUGUGUCACCUCUAAAGCCCCCCCCAAACAAAAAGUUAAACCAAUCACAAAAUGCAUAAAAGCAAGAAAUUAGCCAAAUUACAUGCUGCAGACAAAAAGAAAACAAAAAGUUUACCCAGCACCACUAAAGAAAGAGUUUCUGUAAAGGGAACUUUAAUGAAUAUAAUGCUUCUAAAAAAUUGCCUACACUAGCUUUAAUAUUUUAAAAAAGUCCAUAAUUUAGAAAUAAUACUGCUCAUGACAAUGGGGCCCUUAGGGAUUUUAACACAAUGUUACUAACACCCUUGAAUAGGCCUGAUAAAGAAAGACUAACCUUCCAGUUUUCCUCUGGUCAAAUUUGACCCCUUUGUAAAAUGUUUUUAUAAUGAAAAUAUGGUUGUCUUUCAGCUAAUUGCACCAUAAUAACAUGGAUGGUUCCAUGCUAUGCUCUUAGCAAAUAAACAAAAUUAUCACUACUUGAA